GGAUCCCCAACAUCUCUUCCAAUAUCUAAGCAUAGUCCACAAAAGUGGUGUUUGUGCUUGUGCAUCCCGAACACUACUAUACUUCUCAAAGUAUUCUGGCACAUUGAUCGACGCCAGUGGCAAUAGAACUUAGCUCCUCUCAGCAGAGUAACUCUAGGGUCAUUCUACCACCAGAUGGAGGUGUGGACCCUGAUUCAAGGAUCUUUAGCCCAUGGGAGUUGGCUAAAACUCAUGUUGCUGCGAACAAUUUGGCUUAUCAUCUACUAGUUAGCCACUGGUUACAUACUCAUGCAGUAGUUAAGCCACUUAUCAUUGCCACCAGAAGACAACUAAGAGUGAUGCAUCCUAUACAUCGUUUAUUAAAUCCUCACUUCAAAGACAUCAUACACAUAAAUGCAUUUGCUCGAGCCUUUCUCCUUAAUUCAGGAGGAAUACUAGAAAGGACGCUGUUUACAAGUAAAAUUUCCAUGGAGUUGUCAUCCUAUUUUUACAAAGAAUGGCAAUAAGAAGCAGGGGCUUCCUAAGGAUCUUGUCAUAAUUAAGGUAUAUAUUCAUUCCAAAAGAAUACCCAAUUCUUGCAGAGAAUUAUCGAUCGCUAUACAAUGUUCUACUAUGGUCUUCAUGGCAUGCAAUAAUUUUUUAGAAAUAUGGCAAGAAAGCCAAGUGUGAACUCUGAUAAGGUUGACCUCAUCAUUAAAGACAAUCCCUAUGCUGUGGAUGGAGUUGAGAUAUGGGUUGCAAUUAAACAUGGGUCACAGAUUUUUGCCACAUCUUCUAUAAAGAUGGUAAUUUUGUCAGAUCGUGACCAUCUAAUAAAGGCUGUAGCAACUCUCAUAUGGAUGGCCUCAGCAUUGCACGCUGCACUGAAAUUUGGGCAGUAUGCAUAUGCUGGUUAACCUCCAAACCGUCCCACUAUGUGUAGAAAGUUUGCUCCAGAAGAAAAGGAGAUUUCAAACGAAGAAGAUAUGGAGAUGCAUUUUAUCAAGACGUUGCGUGGAAGGGAGGAGAUGGAAAUUGUCAUGACAUUGACAAGUUUUCUCUCGCAUCGCACAACUGAUGAGAUAUACUUAGGGCAAAGGCAGCAAUCAAAGUGGUCGGAUAACAAAGAUGUUCAAGACAAAUUCAAUGCGUUAAAAAAUGAACUUGUAAAGAUAGAGGAAAGAAUCUUGCUUAGGAACAAAGAUUAUCUGAAUCAGAAUAGAUGGGGCACUGCCAAGGCUCUAUUCAAACUUCUCUACCCUGAUACAUCUAAGGUUGAUUCCAAGGGUGGAAUUACAAUGAAAGGAAUCCCUAACAACAUAUCCAUAUGAUGAAUCUCAAUAAUAUUGUUGUUUCCUC